GAAUAUAUUGUGAAGACUAUCAGUCAUAUGACAGGUCGAUAAAAGAAAAGAAAUAGAGAAAAAGUUCUUUUUUCCUCCCAAGCAGUAAAAUUUGGAGAAAAAAUAUUUUUUUUCAUCCCUUCAACAGCGAAAAAAUCCACCAUUUAUAUUAAAAACAUUUAAUAAAAAUUCAAACUUCUUUAGAAAUUUCAAAAGAAAUUCUUAAAAAUGACUGGAUCAGGUUUUAUGUUCAACAUUGAUGGUGGCUACUUGGAAGGUCUGUGCCGUGGCUUCAAGUGUGGCAUUUUGAAACAAUCGGACUAUUUGAAUUUGGUACAGUGCGAAACUUUGGAAGAUUUAAAAUUACAUUUGCAAGGCACGGAUUAUGGUAGUUUUUUGGCUAACGAACCUUCACCUUUGUCGGUGUCUGUUAUUGACGAUAAGUUGCGUGAAAAGUUGGUGAUUGAAUUCCAACAUAUGCGUAAUCAUGCUGUUGAGCCCUUGGCCAGUUUCUUGGAUUUUAUCACCUAUGGUUAUAUGAUUGACAACAUUAUUUUGUUGAUUACUGGUACUCUUCAUCAACGUCCCAUUUCUGAACUAAUCCCCAAAUGUCACCCAUUGGGUAGUUUUGAACAAAUGGAAGCUAUCCAUGUAGCUGCUACUCCAGCUGAAUUGUACAAUGCUGUGUUGGUUGACACCCCAUUGGCUCCAUUCUUCGUUGAUUGUAUCUCCGAACAAGAUUUGGAUGAAAUGAAUAUUGAAAUUAUUCGUAAUACUUUGUAUAAGGCUUAUUUGGAAGCUUUCUACGACUUUUGUCAGAAAAUGGGUGGUUCUACUGCCGAUGUUAUGUGUGAAAUUUUAGCUUUCGAAGCUGAUCGUCGUGCAAUAAUCAUCACCAUUAAUUCCUUUGGCACUGAAUUAUCAAAGGACGAUCGAGCCAAGUUGUAUCCCCGUUGUGGCAAAAUGAAUCCUGAUGGUUUAGCAGCUUUAGCCCGUGCUGACGACUAUGAACAAGUUAAAACUGUUGCUGAAUACUAUGCCGAAUAUGCUGCUUUAUUCGACGGUUCUGGCACUAAUCCCGGAGAUAAAACAUUGGAAGACAAAUUCUUUGAGCACGAAGUUAAAUUAAAUGUUUAUGCUUUCUUGCAACAAUUCCACUUUGGUGUAUUCUAUGCCUAUCUUAAAUUGAAGGAACAAGAAUGUCGCAACAUUGUUUGGAUUGCUGAGUGUGUUGCACAAAAACACCGUGCGAAAAUUGACAAUUACAUCCCAAUUUUCUAAAUUUAUAAUAAAGUUAUCUUGAAAGAGAAAACAAGAGUGGUGUUAAUAAUCCACUUUGAAAUCUUUAUUUUAUUAAGUAUUUUUUUGUUGUUGUUCAUGUAUAAGUUGAUUAUAUAUUCGAUGUAUGGCACCAUCAUGGCUUCUGCAUGUUUUUGUUUUCAUCGGUAAAUUAAUAAUAUUGUAAUGAUAAUAUCCUAACACUAAAUAAUAACAUCAUAUUCUAUAAAUUGUAUACAUAUUGUUAGAAAAUUGUAUUGUAAUUAUGUAAAAAUCUAAAGUAUUGUGCAGAUAAUAUAUAUAAUAUAUAAAUGAGUUUCCAAACA